GGAUUUGUUCAGCAUGUCGGCCAUGUUUCUUGUCGCAAAGGCUGAAGUGAACUGAACUGAAUUUCCCUCUAAAAACCCUCACAUAUAACCUACUUAACUUAAAACCAUGCUGGAAAGAAUAUAAUCCUGGAUAGCUACAUUACUGGUUAAGCCAUAGACGGUUAAGUUCAUCUUUGGUAAGAAUCAUUGGUAGUGUAACAGAAGUGCACUUGACUCUCACCUUUAUUGUCAUGUCAUUGGUCCAACUCCUAGACUUGACAUCACAUAACAUCAUGAGUAAACAGAGUGGAGAAAGUUCUCCAGUAGCUGUUGAUUCCUCGGCAUCUAAUAACAAUGAACAGGACCAAGCACCUGACAGAGGAGAUACUGAGAUAGUGACAAAAGUAGGAGAAAUAAGCCUUGAGGGGGAUAACAAGAUGAAUCACAAGGAGCCUACUCCGCUAGUAUCUACAUCUGUUAGUAACAAUGAGAACAGCAAAGAUGGAAUUCUUGAAGGAGAGGAAGGAGAGUUGGAUUACGAAGAAGAUGAAGGUGAAAUAUUAGAAGCUUCUGACAACAAACAAGAAACACCAAAAAAGACACCAAACAAAGAACAAGAAAGUGAUGGUGAGGAGGGUGAACUAGAAGAUGGUGAAGUCAACAGUGAUGGAGAAGAAGGAGAGAUCUUGUCAGACCAAGAUGAAAAGGAUGAUCUUAAGAAGAAGAAGAAUAUAGAAGAAGGGGAAAUAAAUGAAGAUGACUUGGAGGAAGGUGAAGUGAGGGAUGCUGAUCCUUACUCAUCCAAUCAAGGAUCCAGAGUGCCUAGGAAGCUUUGUAGAUACUUUGUCUCAGGCAGCUGUACUUGGGGUGUAUCUUGUAGGUUUCUUCAUCCUGGUGUUAAUGAUAAAGGUGCAUAUCAAAUGUUACCCCAUCCUGGUCAAUACCCUGUGCCUUACGUCAGGCCACCACCUCCUCCCUUUCCAUUGAUCUCUGAUGCUGCUCCCACUCCUGGAUUACAAGUAGCUACUGCUGAUCUUCUACCUGAGGAUGAAGAUGAUCUGUUGGGACAGCCUGAAGCUACUGCGGAUGUAAAAGCUGUUAACCAAGAAAAAGAGACUGCAUGGGAGAGAGGCAUAAGACUUGCUAAAGAGAACAAGAAAGCUGCCUUACUUCGCAAAAAGGAGGACACAGACUUUGAACAGAAGCGUAUGUUGCUAAGCAUCAGCGUUGAUGCCGAGGAUGAAGAAGGCAACAAGGAAAACCAGGCCAAGAAACAAGAAACUAGAGAUCGAAGCAAAAAAGAUGAUGAUGGUCGAGGACCUAGGUCAUCCAGAUGGAGAGAUAGUAAAGAAUCUUCACGGUAUUAUAAUGAUAGAGACAAGAAAAAGAGAAGAUCAAGACGAUCGCCGUCUUCGUCGCCAGAAAGAAGCAAAUACGAUCGUCGCCGGGAUGAGAAAGACAGCUCAAAAACUAGUGACAAAGAACAGGAUAUUGGCAAGAGACUAGACAAAGAUCGCCCCAGGAAAUCCAAAACUGACGAACUGAAGAAAGAAAGAAAAGAUAAAGAUAUUUCAUCGACUGAAAGGCGAUCAAAAGAACCUUCUGUAUCGAGCACUAAAGAUGUCGAGCCAAAUUCUAAAGAAAAGCUAAAGAAAAAGGUCUCGAAGGACAGCGAAAACGAGUUGAAUCAAGAAGAGACCGGAGAAGGGGAGAAGUCGAAGGGUAAGGGUUUUUUAAGUAUCUCCAAUAAUCGAUUGGCUAACGAUGAUUGGCACGAUCCAUGGCAACGGRCCACGUCACCCAAACGACGCUCUCCACGCAGACGUUCAACUACGUCAUCAUACUCUUCACGCAGUAGAAGUAGAUCUUCGUCAUCGUCAUCUGCUUCGUCACGCUCUUCAAGAUCUAGGUCGCGCACUCCGUCGUCUACGGGAUCAGAGUCACGCUCGUCGUCACGGUCUGUCAGCAGAUCUCCUAGUCGCAGUCCGUCACAAACGCCAUCGGGCACGUCAUCCAGGUCGAUGUCACGCUCAGAAACACCUUCAUCACAGAGCGAUCGAUCGAGUACAUCUAGCCGUGGUAGCUCCAGGAAAGAUCGAUACCCCUCCAAGACGGACAGCAACAAAGCUUCCAGUAGGAAUCAAACCUUGUCACCAUCAGGUUCUGGCUCUGAAUCGCAUUCCGACUCAGAAUCCGACUCAGACCGACCUCACUCUCCCAUCGUAUCUCCAUCUCCAUCUCCACACCCACCAUCCCCUCCACCACCUCCACGCUCUCCUUCAACACGGGUCCCUCGGGGAUCAGCCGGGGCACCAACUGAUCGUAGUGGUAGUAGAUACAGGAAAGACCGUUAUGACGUGGAACACAAGUACAGACAGUCACAUGUGAUGGGAUGGGAUAGAAGGAAUAGAGGUUCAUGGCACGACCCUUAUGGUCGAGGUGGUCGCGUUAGUCCUAGGAAAGAACGAGAUCGAGAUCGCGAUAGAAGACGUCGAUCAAGAACCCCACCAGGCAGACGGGAUGCGGAUCAAAGAAGAGCUUUGGAAGAAGCUUCUCAACAAAGUCAUAAUGCAGAUAACACAUUGAGCGGUAGACCCAUGUCCUCGCGUGAUCACUACCGUCGCGGUUCACACAGCGACAAUGGUAGAACCAGCAGCGAUGGUAGCAGUAACACUGCACAGGCUAAAAGUAGGAGUUCAAAUAUACCAAGUAAUGACUCGUGGUCAGCCGAGAGACGGAAGCAGUCACAGUCAGUAUGGAUGGGCAGUGGUAGUGUUCGAUAUACGGGACAUAAAGACAUUAAACUCACACUUAAUAAGUCUGCAGGAAAGGCGCCGUCUAGUACMCAAUCAUCCUCGUCGAGGCAGCCCCAACACUCUCCCCCCAGGCAAGCAGAAGCAAGCAGUAGUAGUAGUGGCACAAACUCUAAAGAUCCCGAGAAAAAGCGAUGGGCUCGAGAACCUGAGUCAUCUCAGCGGCAUUCCAGUCCAAAAGAUGACGUCACUUCCUCCCAAGCUGCUAGUAAACCAAUCAAACGAGCCGCUGAUAGUGUACUCACUCCAAGACACGUGGAAACGCAAUCAAAUAAGCGCAAUAUUGAAGAAUCUACGUCAAAAAGAGCGGACGAUAAGAGAAUGGAAUCCAGACCUCUCAAAAGAUCCGCAGACAGUGCUGCGGCGAAUACUAAACGAACACUUCCCGAAAACUUACCGAUCAAACAGUCGCAGCGCGACUCAAUCGAAACGCCUGAUGCAAAGUCAAGCCAUGCAUCAAAUACCUCGCGACGCGAAGAGCUUUUAAGAGAACUGAAAGCAGUAGAAGACGCUAUAGCUAGAAAACGAGCACGUAUAGAAUAACAUUAAACCAAAUAAUUGUGUAUAAGUACCCUCGUAUCGUAAAUGUUUUAUGUCUAACACGACCAAUGAAAGCGCGCCCUUUUGUGCACGUGACUUCAAACACAUCACUUUCGUUUGAGUAUUGCUCGAGGAGUAAGCCUGGGCUUUAAUAGUCGCUCCUCGACGAAGGUCAAUUAAUGUUUGUAAGUCAUAGCGUGAACUACACAUUCAUGAAAAUCAAUUUUCAGUCAA